AUGUCUAUUUCACUCCCCCGGCUUUCCAAUGAAGCGAGAUCGUACUUGCUUAAUCAUGUGUUCCUCUUUCCUCAGCUACCACAACAGGAUGACUACAACACUGAAUACGAAUUACUCCUACUUGAGACUGUCAUCAACGCCCUCAAGAGGUUUACGGCUCAUGUUUGUGAACAGCAUGGCGAAAUCAUCCGUGUGUUGAUUACAAUGCUGGCUUACCUGAGAACAACUCUGGGAUCCCGUGGUGAGAUCGACGAAGUGAAAUUUAGAAAUGUUCUGAGGACGCUAGAUAUAGAUGGUACAUCCGUUUGCUUUAGGUUGAGAGUUCACGUUACUUAUAUUUCGCUUUUAGGGAGUGUUGUGCCCAUCCAUGUCAAAUCCCAGAAUGCCGCUGUUCUGAUGACCCGAGAGAACGACGCAAUCCAUGUCGAGACGUUCGAGCUAUCUCCGCGUAAUGAAGCUGUCAACUCAACAAUCGGCCGCCUAAAACGUCAGUUUCCCGGACCAACCUUGUCCAUGAAACCAGAAACAUUCAAUGACCCCCAUCUUCAAAAUGCCAUCGCGGCCACUCUUUCGAAAAUGAGCCACCAGUCCGUUCCAGGGACGAAGCCGAAAGUGAGGAAGGCGGGCGAGGAGCAUGAUGAGGAUAGAGACACAACUGAUCCAAAGAUGGUGACGGAGUUCUUCACGGUGGUCCUGCGCCCCUGCAGCACGGUGAUUGAGAAUCUACAACUCAACAAAAAUACUCGUGAAGAGGUGUUGUGGAACAACAGUCGGUACCCAUGGCGGCGAUCUCCUCUGUGGCUCCUCAUACGCGUGGCACUUCAACUUGUUUCUCAGAGGCUCAGCCUGCGUGAAGGAAUAUCCGAUGACAUCUACAAAAGCUUCAUACUCUUUUCCAUGAGCAUUAUCCUGGAUACCUCGCCCAACGAUAUAUCUCCCGAGAAAAAGCAUAUGAUGAUUGCCAAAAUUGCUCGCCGGCUAAAUAAGCUCACACUAUCGCACCAUCCUACGUGGCUUUCGUAUGUCCAUGAUGCUCUUCAGCGAGGCAACAAUGCUAUUGAACAAGCCUGGCGCGAUAUCAGAAGUCGCAACACUUCGCACCACGACACGAAUUCGUUAGGACGAUUAGACUUUGCCCAAGACACUUACCACGACCUAUCUCCCUUGGAUGCGUGGAUCGAUGCACUUACCAAACGCGAACAUGUCCAAGACUCAGCAGAGUUUCAACCGCAGAACAGCCUCGUUGAACAUGAAGGACUUCCCUCGGUUGGGUAUACCUCUGAUCCCGACUACGCGGUUCUCAAUCUUGCGGCCGUCGAAAACUGGGUGAAUAUCAGCCUCGAAGAUUGGCUUCAGAACAAUCUCGAUAGCCAAGAUACCUGCCAGGAGCUUUGUCAGUUGAUCAGUGACUACCACGAUGAGGCAAUGAAAUUGUAUUCCGGUAAUCCAGAAGCUGUAUCGGUGAUGUUUCUGACUAUCCUGGAGCUAUGGAUUGCUUGCGAUAAGGCUGCAAUUCAUGCCCACCCGAUGCUAUGUGACUACAACUCCUGUAUUCCGAUGGACAUAUUCGAGUCACUUGUUCUACCUCACAAAUCACAAAUGAAAAGACUGGCUCAUGCAGAGAAUUAUAUGCAGCAACGCCAACGACGAGUCCGGUACGCAGGAACCAGCAUUUUCCAGGACUUUGGCACUAAGUACUGCUUUUCCGUCAGAUACUUUGCCCAGUCCGAGAAGCACAGAGCGUUGCUAGCCACGAUCGAAGAAGAGGCCAGCCGCGAGAGAGCCGCAAAACAAACUGAGCUUCGCCAAAAGCAUAAAAAAUACAAGGAACUCACCACUAAGAUUGAUGGGACGGAAUGCACAUAUGAAGAAAUCAUCAUUGAUGAAUAUCACGGCUUUACAGAAUCUCGCCACAGCAACUCCUGCGGACGAUGUGGAUACAUGCGCCAAAGGGACUCAAUUGAUAUAGACAUUCAUGAAUGGCCCUUACCUGCGGAUCCCCUGAAAGUGCAAAGCACAGUUUUCGAACUCGAUGCCCCUCAUCCAUUCGCAUUCUGGCGUAAUACCACGGCCUUUUUCUUGCUCGAUGUUCUACGUCUCUCGUAUUCGUCUAGGAAUAAACCGAGAGCCAAAUAUGAACCACGGACAUAUCGCGGGCUCAGAAACUAUUUCGAAAUCGGCAAUGGGCACCGAAGGUUCGGCCUGCUCUCGAAGAAUAAGCCCCAUGAGAAUACGCAUAGGCGACAAAAGCAGAUUAUCAAUGUCACAGAGCGAGACGUCUGCUUGGCGAACGGGAUGGACCUUCAUUACUACGAUCACCAAGCCGACUGCUUUGUUACCGGCUUUAAGAGCACGGGCGAAGUCUUAACAACAUGCACAUACAAGCUGCCCAGAGCAAGCUCCUCGCUACAGCAAUUCCUCUCUCGCCCUGCAAGCGAGAGGGAUGGACGACCGCCCAACACUGUCAUUGCAUCCCUGAAUUCAUGCCCACAAGAUAUGUCCCUUGAGGAGUACAGAGCGCUUUGCUCAAUGCCCCUUGGAGUGAAUAUUCAGUGGCAGAAUAUUCUACUUCAACUCGCGAUGCCAUCGGUUGUAUUCAAAAAGGCUGAAACUUGCAUCUUCAUUCUCCAGAUCAUUUGCCAAGCUGGGCCGUCAACUAAAGAUUCGGUUCUGCGAGAUGGGCAUGUCAUCAUAAACGAUGAUGUUUUUGCGGGAGAACUACUAGCCAGAAUCAAGGACGCUGCUGACAGAAUCAAGGAAAAUUGGGAAUCGAUGUGGGAGCUCUGUGCAUUGAUCCUUCUUACACAGAGGAUUCUGUCGCUCUCAAGCUCUGCAUCCAUUCGAACCCUCUGCCUAGCCCAGCUAUCGUCGCUUCGUACCAUUGGUUUCAACUGGGUCAAACUCGUUAGGGAUAAAGCCACUGGUGAGGACAGUGACAUCCGUCGAAACGAAUUUAUUUCCCAAAGCGCCCAGCUAGCCCUAGUUACGACAAGCACGUUUGACGCCGACGAGAUAGUUCUAGAGAAGGUCAUGGAGAGUGACAAGGACGCGUGUGUUUGGAUCCAAUGCUGCAUGUUGAUUCACGACAGAAAGGGGGCUCUCGACCUGACACCGGGGUGCUUGACUUCGAUACUCCACCAUCGUUGGCAAGUCCUGACCUACCGCUGCUACCCCAUACUUGUACCGAAUGUGGCCUCUCAAAAAAAGCCCGCGAUGGACCUUGCAAUUAGGCAGGCUUGGGCUGCGUACCAGACAGGUUCCUCUUGGUCAGUUGCAUCCCAGGGGUGCGAGUACUGGAUAACAACUCGCAGCGGCAGGCUUCCCGUGCAUUUCAACGUGUUGACGGGCGAAUUGCUCAUCAGCGGCCGACCACUCGCUCGUCUUCCUGCAGAGUACGAGAGUCAUGUAUCAUACAAGACUCUAUUUGGACAGUCCCCGGUGGAGGUGAUGCCCAGUGAAGUGCCUGGAAUGCAAUUCUCUGGUCAAAGGAAACACAUGGGCUGCACGGUACAUUUGGGGAAGGCGCCGAGCUCCCUGUCCAAAAAGUUUGAUCUUUGUGUUCGGGCAGUGGGCCAAGGCAAGCACCAGGCUUGGGAGUUUGUACCUUCCAGACUCAUCGCUGGCCAAGUUCCAGACCAUUUCACUGAGACCUAUGUCCAUUGGUACAACCUGGAUAGCGACGACAUCGAAUUUCGCCCUGUGAUGGAGCCAUGGCGGGCAUCCAGCUCCUACUGGCGGCUGCAGCGAGCAGGGCACUGUCGCUGGUACUUGGCGAGUGGAGGAAUGCGUUUGGUCAGCAUGAAAAGUGAAACUGCCCAAACUAUAUCCAGAAUCCUUGAGCCGAUUGAAAAGGCCUCGAGAGUUCAUUGCAAGUUCUACCCUGCCUCAUCUCUGUUAGAGAUCGAGAUACUCCGCCUGCGGUUGAACUUUAGCCUUCAGGUCGGACACUCAUCCAUCCGCUGCCGUCAGUAUCGCGGAAUGUCCAUCGACACAAAUCAAUCACUGGGUACUCUCGUUGGUUUGCACAACAAGCUCGUCCUUCUCCACGACAACAGCCAUGAUAGAAAGAUACUUAUACCCGAAGGCAAGGUGAGCUGGGAGCAGAGCGGCCAUCAUCUUGUCGUGACGAUUGGCUGGCAGGCGGUCUCGAAUCACCAUGUGUACUCGGUUGAUGAGCAACUUGGCCGUCUGGUCGACAAUGGAAACCUUCAAAGCAAACUUAUUCUGUGUUACCUCCAUGCCGUUACGUCGUUCUGCAUCCCCGAUCCACUAACGCAGAAGACGGGUACUGAGCAGGCCCUAACCAUUCUUCAUUCCGCAUCCUUGUCUGAAACACGUUUUCCCUGUUCUCCGGACUUCCAAGGGAGCCAUUGA